AUGGCGUCACAUCUUACCUACAUGAACUCACUGCAGAGACCUAGCUGGUUUCAAAAUAUCCUUUCGAAUUCAAUAUUUGACACAGAUGGGACGACUUUGAUCAUCUCUUCAAUGUCAUGCAAAGGACAUGAUGGUAAAAGACCUUGCAAGCCUUUAGAAGAAAUGAGCAUGACCCUUGCUGUGAUGCUUCUCACUGCAGCUGAAUUUUUGUCUCCAGAGCUGUCUCAGUCACCAACAUACUGGAAUGACUUCACAUGUAAGGCGGUGUUCUAUGUAAACAAGGCUAUGCGGGGCCUCUCCAUCUGCACCACCUGCCUCCUGAGUGUGCUCCGGACCAUCACCAUCUGCCCUAGCACCUCCUGUUUGGGCCUUAGUACCUACAUGAUCAUCUACACCAUAGCUUAUUCCAAUGAGACCCAGACCAAUCUAAGGAAUAUCAAUAAAUAUUGUGCACUUGCCCCCAAUAACUUCAUCAUCAGGGGUUUUUAUUUCACUCUGGCAUUUGUCAGGGAUGCCUUCUUUUCAGGAAUUAUGCUGCUCUCAAGUGUGUUCAUGGUCAUUCUCUUGUUCAGGCAUCAGAGACAAUCCCAGCACCUUUACAGAACAAGCCUCUCCCCAAGACUCUCCCCAGAGAAAAGAGCUACCCAGAGCAUCCUGCUGCUGGUGUGUUUCUUUGUGGUCAUGUACUGCACAGACAUCAUCAUCUCAUCCACAGUUGUCAUCUUAUGGAUGAAAGACCCAGUUCUUGUUGGUGUCCACCGGAUUACGGUCAAUGUCUAUGCCACUAUCAGUCCUUUGGUCCUCAUCUGUUCUGAUAAUAGAAUAAUCAAUACUCUGAAAAAUAUGCAGCAGAAGUGCCACCAGCCUUUAAAAAAUUACCUAUGA